UAACAAUUUUGUAAAACUUUUUCCCCAAGAUCUAUUCCAGGAAAAGGAUAAUCUGGAACUAAAAGUUGUCAAUUAUAUUCUUUAUGGAAAUGGAAAAUCCAUUCGGGGAAUUUCCGACACAAGGAUUCAAUUAGUUCGGACUUGUUUAGUCUUCAAUUGGGAUGACGGCAAAAACAGUUCUUCGAUUGAGGAGGCCCCCGCUUCCUUUAUUGAAGUACGUACAAAUGGUUUGAUUGAGUAUUUUCUAAGAAUUGACUUAGUAAAAUCGAAUACUUCAUAUAUUAGAAAAAGAAAUGAACCAUCUGGUUUCGGAUUGAUUGGGGAUAAUAAAUCGGAUCGAAUCAAUCCAUUUUUUUCUAUUCAUUCCAAGGGCAAAAUUCAACAAUCACUUAGCCAAAAUCACGGAACUAUUCGUAUGUUGUUGAAUAGAAAUAAAGAAUGCCGAUCUUGGAUAAUUUUGUCAUCAUCUAAUUGUUUUCAAAUGAGACCAUUCAACAAUGAAAAAUCUCACAAUGGGAUAAAAAAAGAUCCUAUAAUUUCAAUUAAUAAUAAUGGCCCUUUAGGAAUAGCCCUUCAAGUUGCGAAUUUUUAUUCACUUUAUCAUUUAAUAACUCAUAAUCAGAUCUCAAUAAUUAAAAAUUUGCAACUUGACAAAUUAACGGAAAUUUUUCAAGUAAUUAAAUAUUAUUUAAUGGACGAAAAUGAUAAAAUUUGUAAACCCGAUCUAUACAGUAAUAUCAUUUUGAAUCCAUUCCAUUUGAAUUGGUUUUUUCUCCAUCAUUUUUAUUGUGAAAAAACGUUUACAAGAAUAAGUCUUGGACAAUUUAUUUGUGAAAAUAUAUGUAUAGCUCAAAUGAAAAAUAGACCACACCUAAAACUAAAAUCGGGUCAAGUUAUAAUAGUUCAAAUGGAUUCUGUAAUAAUAAGAUCGGCUAAUCCUUAUUUGGCAACUCCAGGAGCAACCAUUCACGGCCAUUAUGGGGAGAUCCUUUCUCAAGGAGAUAUUUUAGUUACAUUCAUAUAUGAAAAAUCGAGAUCCGGUGAUAUAACACAAGGUCUUCCAAAAGUGGAACAGAUAUUAGAAAUACGUUCGAUUGAUUCAAUAUCCAUGAAUCUAGAAAAAAGAAUUGAUGCUUGGAACGAGUGUAUAACAAAAAUUAUCGGCAUUCCUUGGGGAUUCUUGAUUGGUGCUGAGCUAACUAUCGCGCAAAGUCGUAUUUCUUUGGUUAAUAAAAUCCAAAAGGUUUAUCGAUCCCAGGGAGUACACAUCCAUAAUAGACAUAUCGAGAUUAUUGUGCGUCAAAUAACAUCCAAAGUCUUGGUUUCAGAAGAUGGAAUGUCUAAUAUACUUUUACCUGGCGAACUAAUUGGAUUAUUGCGAGCAGAACGAACGGGGCGUGCCUUGGAAGAAGCAAUUUGUUACAGAGCUUUAUUAUUGGGAGUAACAAAAACAUCUCUGAAUACUCAAAGUUUCAUAUCCGAAGCGAGUUUUCAAGAAACUGCUAGAGUUUUAGCAAAAGCCGCUCUUCGGGGUCGUAUUGAUUGGUUGAAAGGUCUUAAAGAGAAUGUUGUUUUAGGGGGAAUGAUACCCGUUGGUACCGGAUUCAAAAGAAUAAUGCACCAGAUGAUGGAAGCUGGGGUUCAUUUUGGCCAUGAUACUAGGAAAUGGAAUCCUCGAAUGGCACCUUUUAUAUCGGCAAAACGUAAAGGUAUUCAUAUUACAAAUCUUACUAAAACUGCUCGUUUUUUAUCAGAAGCUUGUGAUUUGGCUUUUGAUGCAGCAAGCAAAGGAAAACAAUUUUUAAUUGUUGGUACAAAAAAAAAAGCAGCCGAUUCAGUAACACGGGCUGCAAUAAGAGCUCGAUGUCAUUAUGUUAAUAAAAAAUGGCUCCGAGGUAUGUUAACGAAUUGGUAUACUACAGAAACGAGACUUGGUAAGUUCAGGGACUUGAGAACGGAGCAAAAGAGGGGGAAACUGAACUCUCUUCCAAAAAGAGAUGCGGCUAUGUUGAAGAGACAAUUAUCUCAUUUCGAAACAUAUCUAGGCGGUAUCAAAUAUAUGACAGGGUUACCUGAUAUUGUAAUAAUCGUUGAUCAGCAAAAAGAAUAUACGGCUCUUCAAGAAUGUAUCACUUUAGGAAUUCCAACGAUUUGUUUAAUCGAUACAAAUUGUGACCCAGAUCUUGCAGAUAUGUCGAUUCCGGCUAAUGAUGAUGCUAUAGCUUCCAUCCGAUUAAUUCUUAACAAAUUAGUUUUUGCAAUUUGUGAGGGUCGUUCUAGCUCUAUACGAAAUUAUUGA